AUGGUUUUCUCCAAGGCUUUCGCUCUCGCUGCGAUCUUCGCUACCCUCACCUCGGCCGCUCCUAUGCAGCAGAAGCGCGCUGUCGUCUAUGAGACCGUCACCGAGGUCGACGUCACCACCAUCGACACCACCAUCACCAUCUACCCCGGUGAGGCCACUCCUACUGUCUCCGGCGGUGUUGCCGCCGCUACGACAACCGCCGCCGCUGUGACGACUGCCGCUCCCGUUGAAGAGCAAGUCGCUAGUGCCUCGAGCAGCAGCAGCAGCAGCAGCAGCACUUCCAGCUAUGUCCCAGCUCCUGAGACCUCAUCCCCGUCGUCGACCACUGAGGCAGCCCCCACAACUGUUGCUCCAACCACCACUGCUGCUCCUCAACCUCCCGCACCGACCACCACCAGCAGCUCCUCUUCUUCCUCGUCCUCUUCAUCUACCUCUACCUCUUCGACUUCUUCUGCCCCAGCUUCUAGCAGCACUAGUCGCUCCACUCUCUCUGGUGACGGUGACGGUACCUACUACGACACUGCCACUUCCAUGAGCUCUCCUAGCUACUGUGACACUGCCAACGACGGUGAGACCGAGAACGUCGUCGCUCUCUCCUAUGAAGUCAUGGACGAGAGUCUCUGUGGUGCCUCCAUCACCGUUGAGUACGAGGGCAAGACUGCCACGGGUACUGUUGUCGACAAGUGCAUGGGCUGUGACGCUCAAGCCAUUGACAUGUCGCGUGCUAUGUUCGGAGAUCUCUCUGACCUCAGCGCCGGACGUAUCACCGUCUCCUGGUCUGUCAACUAA